ACAGGGCGGGGCGGAGCAGCUGGAGCCCUGUUAGGUGAAACGCGGCGCCCCGCGGCUGCGCUCACUUAAGGCGGCGAGCCGCACGGAGCCGCUUGUUUCUUCGCUCCAUCCCGCGCUGUCAGUCAUGUCCGUGAGCAGCAGCCUCUCGCGUCUCCUCCGGACGCGAGUGCAUUCUGUCCUGAAGAAGUCCGUUCAUUCGGUGGCUGUGAUCGGAGCCCCAUUCUCCCAGGGACAGAAAAGAAAAGGAGUGGAGUAUGGUCCUGCUGCCGUAAGAGAAGCUGGCUUGAUGAAAAGACUCUCCAGUUUGGGCUGCCGCCUAAAGGAUUUUGGAGAUUUGAGUUUUACUCCAGUCCCUAAAGAUGAUCUCUACAAGAACCUGAUAGUGAAUCCUCGCUCAGUGGGCCUUGCCAACCAGGAACUAGCUGAGGUGGUUAGUAGAGCCGUGUCAAGUGGCUACAGCUGUGUCACAGUGGGAGGAGACCACAGCCUGGCAAUCGGUACCAUUAGUGGCCACGCCCGGCAGUGCCCAGACCUUUGUGUGAUCUGGGUUGAUGCCCAUGCUGAUAUCAAUACACCCCUCACCACUUCAUCUGGAAAUCUCCAUGGACAGCCAGUUUCAUUUCUCCUCAGAGAACUACAGGACAAGGUACCACAACUCCCAGGAUUUUCCUGGAUCAAACCUUGUAUCUCCUCCCCAAGUAUUGUGUAUAUUGGUCUGAGAGACGUGGACCCUCCUGAACAUUUUAUUUUAAAGAAUUAUGAUAUCCAGUAUUUCUCCAUGAGAGACAUAGAUCGACUUGGUAUUCAGAAAGUCAUGGAACAGACAUUUGAUCUGCUAAUUGCCAAAAGACAAAGGCCAAUCCAUCUGAGUUUUGAUAUUGAUGCAUUCGACCCUACCCUGGCUCCAGCCACAGGAACCCCUGUUGUAGGGGGACUGACCUAUCGAGAAGGCAUGUAUAUUACUGAGGAAAUACACAACACAGGGUUGCUGUCAGCACUGGACCUCGUUGAAGUCAAUCCUCAGUUGGCUGCUUCAGAGGAAGAGGCCAAGGCUACAGCUAGCCUGGCAGUGGAUGUGAUUGCUUCAAGUUUUGGUCAGACAAGGGAGGGAGGGCACAUUGUCUAUGACCAACUUCCUACUCCCAGUUCACCAGAUGAAUCAGAAAGGGAAGAACGUGCAAGAAUUUAGGAAAUUUUGUGUGCUAACACGUUUGUCACAAAGGACAUUCCAGAAUUAUGAGGCAUUUGAGGAGACACAUACUAAAUGGUCGUCUGGGUCAAUAUUGCCUUAAUGAGAACAUCUGCGCAUUCUCACAAUUGUAAAGUUUCCUUUCCCUCUCCAUUUUGGUGACCAAUACUGUAAAUUUGUGGGGUUUUUUUUUUUCCAGUUCACAGGAUAUUAAUAUGUUGGAAUACUAUGUAAAUUUAAAGAAGUCAUAAACAGCAUUUAUUACGUUGGUAUAUCA